AUGUCAAAACCAGCAAGUCUUCCAUCAAAAGAUGCUUCUGCGUCAUUCUGGCACACCGAGCCCAAACUCCUCGGCCACAGAACCACCACAGACUUGCCUCGACACACCGAUAUCGUGGUUGUAGGAAGCGGCAUCAGUGGAGCUAGUGUGGUGCAUCAUGUUUUCGAAGAGCUGAGGAAUGCAGAGGUGAAAAAGGAAGUGUUGGUUCUAGAGGCUAGAGAGGUUUGUUGGGGUGCCACUGGGAGGUAA